AUGGGUAACAAAAUGGAAGGAGACAUUGCUAUUGAGGAUCUCAAAAAAUUCGUAGCAGACAACAACAGACUGGGCCGGAACGCUAUUCGACAAGUGUACAGGAGAUGGCCAAAUCGAGAGAUUCCCUAUGCGCUAUCAUCUCAGUAUGGCUCGUAUGCCAGAUCGGUUAUUGCAAAAGCGAUGCAGGAAUACCAUGACAAGACAUGCAUUCGAUUUGUUCCCCGUGAUGUUAAUCGCCAUGUGGACUACAUUUUUAUUCACCCUGAUGAUGGAUGCUAUAGUUUGGUAGGAAAGACUGGUGGACGUCAACCGGUUUCGUUGGAUUCCGGCUGCAUUCAAGUUGGCACAAUCGUACACGAGCUCAUG